GUCAAAAAUAUUUGUCAUUUCAUUUCCGUAGCGCGCCAUUAGGCGUCAACAAACAAACUCGAUUUGAACAACAAAAUAAUGUCCAAUAUGACGAAUCUUAAUUCCAGCCUUGCGUACGAAAUCCUCUUGUACUUGAAUCAAUUUUAUUUGGGCAUGUUCUUUGUCUGUGAAGUUGCGAUGGGAAUCCUGAAAGCGAUCAAUGUGCCGUAUCCUGAAAACACUCUGUUGACUGAAGCUGGAAUAUUUUUCGCUCUGUGCCUUACGGAAGUUUUACGGAUAUUUCUAGGCAGACGAGGCAAUUUAGCGAGUAGAAAAAUCCCAGUUUUCUUUUCUGUGCUGCUAACAAUACCUUCAGCUGUAGGUGUGUGCUAUUUCCUUAUUUACCAAACCUAUAUACUAAGACUGGAGUACAUAUGGUGUGCAGUGAUGCUUAUAUUCCAUGGAUUAGAGAUAAUUUUCGCCGUUUUCUUCAUGUUAACUGUGUGUAAGAAUCACCAGUAUAGCUAGGUAAAGUAAUUUGUGAUAUUUAAGUUCUACAAAUAAGUGAUGUUAAUUUGCCUAUGUCAAUCAUUCCAUGCCAAAUAAGAAUACAAUUUUUAAUGCCUAAACUAUACACUAAAUAUAAUAUAAACAAUUUAACAGUAA